ACGCCGCCGCCCUCGUCUCUUUCCCUCUCGGCCUCGUGUGUGCGACACACAGGCACAGCAGGCAGCGACGCCACCGGAUCUCCCACCGGCCAACUCCGCCGCCGGUGCGCCGCCGGCUCUCCCAGGCGGCCACCCAAGCCCUGCCGCCUCCGCUGCCAGCGCUCCAUCUCCGCUGCCGGCGCCCCGUCUCCGCCGCCGGCUGUUCGAGGCGGCCAGGCCCCAAGCCCUGCCGCCUCCGCUGUCGGCGCUCCCCCUCGGCUGCCGGCGCCCCGCCUCCGCUGCCGGGUGUCCGAGGGGACCAAGCCCCCAGCUCUGCCACCGGCUCUCCCCCCUCCGCUGUUGGCGCGCCGCCUCCGUCGGUUGUCCGAAACUCUGAAUGGAGCUGGCGCCUCAAGGUGAAGGACCUCGACCACCAUCCCCGAGCAAAUGCGCGAGUGUGACGCCAUCCUCGUCGGCAGGUGCAGCGACAUGUACACGCUCUGCACGGAUUGCUCCAAGCAAUGUUGGCCGCAGUCGAGGUUCUGGAACAGCAAUUGGAGCACCAGGAGCACAGCCGCUGGAAUCAACAUCACGAGCUAAUGUCUCCAUGUCUGUGGAAAUGGACAUGGUAGUCGUGCCAGAUGAAGGAGAGGAUGAAGAGAACAGCUUUGACAUGAAUGAUGAGAUGUCGAUGAGCCUACCUUCUUCAAGAAGCGGUAGUGAGGGAGAUGAUGGAGAAGAGAAGUCAAAGUCUCGUAAGCGAGGUGCAAAAAGGACCAAGGGAAGUAUUUCACUAUCUCCUUCCAAGGGCAAGGUAACAAGAGGAAAGCGUGCUGGUUGCUGGAAAUAUUUCAAGGUGAUCAAUGUUCCCUCCAAGAGGGAGAAAGGGAAGAUGGAAUGUAAGGCAAAGUGCAGGUUUUGUCAUCACAGCUAUGGAUAUCACCCUGGGGGAACCACUACAACACUGAAUCGUCACUUAGACAAGUGCACAAUAUAUCUGAACAAGCUUGCAAAGGCUAAAGCUCAAGUGGCUAUGGCUGAUGCAAUGUUGGAAAAGUUCUGUAAAUAUUUGGAGAACACAAACAAUAUCAUGAUUAUUGCUACAAUCCUUGACCCUAGGUUCAAAAUGAGGUACAUUAAGUGGUGCUUUAGUGAGUUUUUUGAUGAGAUAAGGUGUGUAACAAAGGUUGCAGCCAUAACUGCUGAGAUGGAAAAACUGUACAAUAAGUAUGAGGCGAUAUGUCGCCACAACCAAGGUGGGAACAACACACACACUGGGCUCUCUGCCUCAUCCUCAAGCUCUACGACCACCUCAUUGGCUUCAAUUAUUCCAAGUGGUUUCCAAUCCUUUUUGCAAUCAAAUGCUAAGGAAUCCUCAAAAUCUGAGUUACUCAUCUAUCUAGAUGAACCAAAUGUUCCCCUUGAUGAUAACACAUUCAACUUAAUUAUUGGAGGUAAAUGCCCAUAGGUUUCCUGUUGUAUCCAACAUGGCAAAGAGGUUCUUGGCUAUUCCAGCUAGCAGUGUGUCAUCAGAGUCCACUUUUAGCACCGGGGGAAGAAU